GGAACGGAGAGCGCCAUGUGCAGCAGACAAGAUAAUUUUAAAUGGGAAUAGAAGGAAUCGAUAUGGCGUCGCACAUUUGGUGGCUCAUUGACUCUAUUCCCUCCUACUUCCACCUCACUUCAUACCACUUAAGCGACAUUCAGGACGUCCUGAUAUUACCAAAAUGCCUAAAACAUUGUUACCUGGAAUCUACGCGCCAACUCAAGUCUUUUACGAAUACGGAAAAGACGAAAACCUCGACACAGAAGCCAUCAAGAAGCACGCCGUUCGUCUUGCAAGGGCUGGGGUGGUUGGCAUCGUGACAAACGGGUCCAAUGGUGAAGCCGUCUACCUCAGCCCCGAGGAAAGAUGCCAGGUUACAAAGACGACCCGAGAGGCCCUCGACGAGGCGGGAUUCUCUCACUUGCCAGUUAUCGUCGGGGCCUCUGACCAGUCCAUCCAGGGCACACUGCGCCUAUGUCGUGAUGCUGCGAAUGCAGGCGGCGAUGCAGUUCUCCUGAUGGUCCCCAGCUUCUUCAAAUGGGCAAUGGAUGGCCCAACAAUCGAGAAAUACUUUCUUGAAGUUGCUGACACCAGCCCACUCCCCUUGAUUAUCUACAAUUACCCUGGUGCGGUGGCAGGGAUCGACCUGGACUCCGACCAGCUUAUUAGCCUGGCAAACCAUCCCAACAUUAUCGGCACCAAAUUCACCUGCGGCAGCGUUGGAAAGCUUGCGCGCGUCGCAGAAGCCACUUCUCCCGUGUCCGAGGUCUUUCCCUCCAAAUCGGGGCCAUACUUUGCCUUCUCUGGCGUUGCCGAUUUCAUCUCCCCAUCGGUGGAAGUGGGCGCCAGCGGUGCAAUCGUCGGGGCAGCCAAUGUAUUCCCUCGCGCAUGUGUCAAUGUGUACAACUUGGCCGUGCAAGGAAAGCGAGAGGAAGCUAUGCGGGCUCAGCAGCAGUUGGCCAAGGCAGACUGGGAGUUGACAAAGCGGGCAAUUCCUGGCUUCAAGGCUAUCUUGAGCAACUGGAACGGAUAUGGUGGUAUUCCUAGGGGGCCAAUGGCAUCGCUGGGCGAGGGAGAGAAGAUAAAGCUGUAUCAAGACAUUUCUUGGAUGAUGGAGGUUGAGGAGAGGCUAGAAGACUUUGGUGUCAAGUCGUGA